AUGCCAGCACAAAACCCACCUGCACAGGAAGAUUCCUGGGCAUUUGGCCCUAUUGGCUCACCAUUUCCAGACAAUCCAGUUCAUGCUUUGGAUCAACCCAACCAGUAUGUUGCUCUAUGGUACAAACACGGGAAGCCCGUUCACGGUCGCGCCUGGAAUAAUGGUGGCGUUCUGGAAUGCUCUUUCCCAUACAAAAAUGCCGAGCUUACUGGGUCCAAGGAUCUUGGCGGUGAAAUUCAAGUAUGCUGCUUCUUUCUGUAG